ACUAUAUAAAAAAAUAAUAAUAAUUUUAUCAUACAGCUAGAUUAGUUAGUUAGAUCGUAACUACCAUAUUGUACAUUCUUUUAAGACAAACAAAAACAAUAAAAUGUUGGCAAUUAAAAUAGCUAUGUUGUUCACAGGAAUUGGUAGCUCAUUUCAUAUUUAUAAGAAGGAUACUUUAAAAGUUUUUUCAGUUUUUAAUAAAAUACUUCAUGGUCAAAAAAUAAAUGGGAUUGAGCCUUCUAAAGAUGGUUUGAACAUGUUUAUAUAUGGUGGUAAGCACUUUACAAUUGUAAAGAGAUUAAACGGACAGUUUGAGUCAAUUGAUAUUUGUCUGGGGAGUACUGUUUGUGAUGACUGGCUGCAUAGUGGAACUUGGUUGUCUGAUACGGAAGUUGGAUUACUAUCAGCACAUAAUGUAGUUCAGAUAUGGGACGUAUCUGGGCGACCUAUUCUUCGAUCUGAAACAAUUGGCAGAGAUAACUCAAUCCUGUACAGUGGACUGUUGCUACCUUUACUUGAUGAUGUCCUGGUACUCAGCGGCACUGUGUCCUCACAAAUUAUCAUAUCUCGAUGUAAAAAGGAACAACCUCUUCAUUAUCUGCUCGGACAUAAAGGUGUUAUAUUUUCCAUAUCAUGUUGUUUAAAAAAAAAAAUUAUCGUGACAACAUCUGACGAUAGAUCUGUAAGGAUAUGGUCAGUUUAUAAUUCUAUUGAAAAUUAUGCGAAAUCACAAUAUUGGGAUGAUGCAAAUGUAACUUGUUUACAUGAACUUUACGGUCACUCUGCUAGAGUUAUGAGGAGUUGUAUCAGUGAGAAAUAUAUAGUUUCUGUUGGUGAAGAUGGAUGUAUUUGUUACUGGGAUUAUAACGGUACUUUGCUAAAAAGAUUAAGCAACCAUCAAAAUGCUCCGAUAUGGUCAGUUAGUAUCGAUAAAGACCAUUUAGUGACGGGCGGUGGUGAUGGUUCAAUUAUACUACACCCUUUAACUGCAAUUACUUCGUUCUCUGAGACGGAGACAGUAAAAAUAAGUGAGGGUAAUCCAAAAAAAAUAUUUUUCACUGCCAGAAGGAAUGCUGUUAUUUUAAAAGAGUCGGGUAAUUUAAUAUACUAUAAUAUAUUUGAAAAAGAAGAAAUAGAAUUUGACCUAAAACAUGACAACACUUACAUACUGAUAAGUUUAUCAUUGUGCAAACAAAUAAUAGCGGUUGCAGAUAUUUGUGGAAAUUUAACUAUAUUUAUAGAAAAUUGUAAAGGCACACCUACAAUGACUAGUAUAAUCAGUACUAAAUUACCCAUAGAUAAAAUUUUGUCUAUGGAUUGGGCUGGGAAUAGACAUUUAGUAAUUUGCUCCGGAAGUGGUGAUAUAUAUGUUAUCGCAUCCAAAGAUAAUGAAGUGGAAAUAAUCUCAAAACAUUUACUUCCCGAUUGCAAAGAAAGAUGGUUAACAGCUGUUGCUCUGAACAUUGACAAUAUGUUAGUUGUAGGCGACAGAUGUGGUAAUAUACAUUUUUAUACAAAAGAAGAAUUGAAUCCAUUUAAAACACUUAAUAAAGUCCAUGGUAGAUAUGGUCCUACAUCUAUAAGAAUUAAAUCCAAUGAAGUAAUAACAACUGGAAGGGAUAGUACAUUAAAAUGUUUCUCUUUAUUGCUAAAUAAUGGCGUUUAUAAUAUAAAAUUGACAAGUACAAAAGAUGUAGGUUUUCCAUGGGUAGAAAAAUGUAUAGGUCAUGAUGAUUUAUUCUGUGGUUUCCAUGAACAAUUAUUUAUUAUAACGAAUGUAAGAAAUUAUGCAAAGCUAAUUGAAGUAUCCUGCGGUGGUGGCCAUAGAUCUUGGGAUGUAGUACGUUACAUAAACUAUUUAAAUUUUAAAUGUGACGAAAUGAUUAAGUUUAUGUAUUUAAAAAAUUCCGAUAUAAAUAUAAUGACUUUCAAAUUAAAUAAAAUUGUAUCAAAAAAUAUUAUAAAAGGUACACAUACUAAAGAAAUUAACUGCUUGAAAUGUUAUAUACCAAAGAUUGAUAAUUCUAUAGUAUUGUUUAUAUCUGGUGGUGAAGAUACGACAUUAAGAAUAUCAACUUCAUCGAAAGAAGUAAAUUUCCAAGAUGAAGUUAUUUUAAAACAUUUAUCAAGUGUAAAAACUUUUAAAACAUUCCCAAUAAAUACGAAUAAACUGUUAGUUGUGUCUGGUGGAGGCAGAGCACAGAUUUGCAUAAAAACUAUAAAUCUUAGUAAGGACGGUGACAAAAUUAUAAUAAAAGUUGAAGAAUUCGUUGACUUUUUAGUCAAAGGAACAGAUAAAGAACGCAAAGGUGAUAAAACUUGGAGAAACUGUACAAUUGACUUCGAUCCAGAAACAAGAAUAAUGGAUUUAGAAAUUGUCGAAAUAGACAAAAAUAUUUUUAACAUAUAUACAGGAUGUUCUGAUGCGUUUAUAAGAAUUUUUCAAUUUAAAUACGAAGAAGAAUCUUUUAAACAAUUAGGACAAGUGAAAUAUCAUAAAACUUGUAUAUUAAAAACACACUGUAUAAAAUAUUUUGACCAAACAAUACUAAUAACUUGUUCAACAAUUGGUGAGAUUUGCUUUUGGGAUGUAACGGAUCCUAACACAUCAAGUGAAAUGGAAAAUUUUCUUGUUUUAACAAGUAAUAAAUCCGGUAUAAACUGCAUAGCGACAAGAAUUAUUUCUGAACACAAAGUUAUAAUUGCAACCGGAGGUGACGAUAACGCCAUACAUAUCCAACUUCUUGAUAUACAAAAUAAAGAUUUUAAAACUGCAAAAAUAACACAAAGUUGGUCAUCGGAUCAAUUUCAUAGUUCGCAAAUAACUGGAAUUUUAAUUAUCGAUGAUUUUUUCAUAUCAACAUCUAUCGAUCAGAGAAUAACAGUUUUUAAAACGAUAGAUGAAAAUAAUGAUUUAAAAUUUGUCGCACAAAAGAUGACCGAUAUCGCUGAUGUACAAGGAAUGGAUUUUAUACAACGCUCAGAAUAUUCAGCAACUGUUUGCGUUUAUGGGAAAGGUUUAGAAGUUUUAUCAGUACCAUUGUUAGGACGAUAUUAAUUUCAAAAUAUAUCAAAAUUGCAUUUUAUCACUCAUAUAUGGAUAGACAACGUAUAUAAUAAGCGUAGAUUCAUAUAUAAAAAUGAAUAUUUAAUUCUUUUGCGAAUCGAUUUUUUUUUACAUAGAAAUGAAAUUCGAGCAUCUGUUUUUGAUGAUGUGUUUUAUGCAAGAAUAAUGUCUUCAAUUUCUUCAUCCUGUACAAGAUCGAAGUGUUUUUAAUAAUCUCUGUAUUUACUUAUUU